AUGACCCUGUCCCGCUCACGGUCCGUUUCGCCACGAGAAAACGUAUCCUGGUUUCCACACCACAUUGACCUGCUACACCCCCAAACAGCGACUGACGAAGAGCGUCGUCUUCUCCACAGUCUUGUUCGUUCUCCGAUCUCGACCGCUCCGACGGAGAAAGUAGUCUCAUCGCGACGUCGUCACUUCAUCGUCGACCCGACGGCACGACGUUGUCUGGACCUCCAGGCGCCCGACACAAAGACUCCGACGAUGGCGCUUGACAGACAUCAGCCCAAUCUGGAAGGCCGGCCUGGCCUCUACGUCCACGUCGAGCUCGGGUUGACAUGGCGUACGUCGAAGACACGCCAUCUCACGUACAUGUCCAAGGGCCUCCGCCCUCGUCGCCGCGUCCCACCCAACACCAACUUCUUGGCCGACGACCACUCGUGUGAUUCUCACGACCGUUGCGCUUGCUCCUGCCACAACCACCGGCAGUACUACCACUACUACCACCAUGCCCGAGCGAUACCCGCCGCAAGUGUCCCGAUGCAAGAGCAGGAACCCCCCAUGACUCGCCUUGCCGUUCCUCAAGCACUACGCCCUGGGCAAGAGCAGUCACGGUCAAGAUCUCGCUCGAGGUCCACUAGAAGCAGCACCGCAGGGAUAUACAGAGGCAACUCUGCUCCGCCGCCGUUCAACGACAGCCCCUGGGAUGCGGACCCGGAGCCAAUGACCGCAACGGCACUUCCACGCCGAAGGUCACCUCCACGGCUUUACAAGGCUUUGCCCGCCAUCCCCUCGCAACGCCGCUUAGGAGAGGACGAAAUGCCUUGGACGGUGGCUUCUUCUCCGUUUCCCGUAUCACCGGACUGCACUAUUAAUGAAGGACAGCACGGGGCUUACUUUGACGAUCGUGCCCGGGGUCGUGCUCUCGAGAUGCAGUCUCUGGCGGCAGCUCUAAUAACAGUAGAUAAUGGUUUUGAGGAUCAGUGGUGGUAUCAGGGGCAACGCCCGAUAGAAACCGGGUUACCUUAA